GUGUGGAGGACUUUUCAAAAUCUCCAUGGAAAAAAUUUUCACCCUGUACAAGAGGAAUUGAUUUUCCACCAAUCCAAUGUUGCCAUGUUCUGUUUGGGCACCCACCAAACCUCAAUAAUUCCUGGUGUCUUGUCGAGCCAAGCAAAGAUAUUGAUUGACUUGGUGAAGGACCACAUAAGGGGAAUGAGUAAACUUUUCAAUCUCCAAGUAUAA